CAGCGGGGUUGCACAAUUCCCCCAACCUCCCAUACAUAUAGCAGCUCUUCUAGACACAGGUUUUCCCAGGAGAAAUGCAGGGACCCCAGCCAUACCUCCCACCCUGAGAAAUUUUGGAGUUUCAGGGAGCCCAGGAGCUCUGCAGAGGCCACCUUCUCUGAAGGGAUUUUCUUAGACCUCCAUCUAGAGGCAAAUGUUGACCCAUCCAUGCUGAAACCCACAGGCUUUCCUGGGUCACCUUCUCCCACCCUCUCGUGGAUGGCAGGGAGCAGCAGCACUAAAGCCACACCAGAAAUAGGUUCAGGGCUGACAGGAGCCACCUUGUCACAUGAGACAUCUACAGGUGUGAUUGUGGUGAUGGAACACACUCUGCCCUUUACUUCCCCAGCUAAGACCUUGGCCAGCCCUGCAUCUUCGGUUGUGGGAAGAACCACCCAGUCUUUGGGCGUGGUGUCCUCUGCUCUCUCUGAGUCAACCUCUAGAGGAAUUACACACUCUGAGCAAAGAACCAGCCCAUCACCGAGUCACCUGGUCAAUGGAACUCACUCUGGGAACUCCCUUGCUACAAGCGUGAUCUCAGGAUUGAGUUCCCCAAGCACCAGGACCAGUUCCACAGAAGGAAAUUUUACAAAAGAAGAAUCAACGCACACACUCACUGUAGAGACCACAAGAGGCCCAGUCCCUGAAAGGUACACAGCCCCCACUGAGACCUCAACAACCAAAGGUGACAGCACAGGGACCCUCUGGGACACAAGAUAUAUUCCUGCAAAAAUCACAUCUCGAAUGAAGACAUUUGCAGAUUCGACUGCAUCCAAGGAAAGUGUCUCAGGGUCUACGACUCCAGUUGAGACCACAGUUAUGGACCCACAUACUCCAGGAAGGACAAACCCAUCAUUUGGGACAGUUUCUUCUUCCUUUCUUGACUUAUCACCUAGAGGGACCCUAAAUUCCAGAACUGGAACAAGCCUGGAACUGACUCCAUCAACCACUGGAUAUCCCUUCUCCUUUCCUGAACCUGGUUCCCCGGGGCACAGCAGAAUAAGUACCAGUGCACAUUUGCUGUCAUCUGCUUCGGUUUUCGAUAAUAAAAUUUCAGAAACCAGCAUAUUAUCUGGCCAGAGUGUCACCUCCCCUAUGUCUCCUGGGAUGCCUGAGGCCAGAACCAGCGCAAUGCCCAACUUGGAGAUCCCUCUUUCCAUGACACUAAGCAAUGCAGAAACAAGCUCUGAAAGGGUUCGAAGUACAAUUUCUUCUCUGGGGACUCCAUCUACAUCCGCAGAGCAGACAGCAGAGAGUGUCCUUACCUCGCGUGCCUUCACUGAGACCACGGAUAUACCCAGCACCCACACAACCAAGACUUUGGCUUCAGAAUGGUCAGGGAGUCCAGGUGCCCUCAGUGGCACCAGCAAUUCAGUGCUGACAACCACAUCUCUAAUAUCUACCACUUUAGUCCCAGAGGAGACCAACACCCAUGACUCCACACAUAGAAAGGAAACAGAAGGAAAUUUGAAUGCAUCUAUGACUCCACUUGAGACCUCUGCUCCUGGAGAGGAGACUGAAAUGACUGCCACUUUGGGCCGCACUCCAAAUUUUACCACCCUUGACAGGAAGAUCAGAAGUCCAUCUCAGGUCUCUUUAUCUCACCCAACAAGAGAGCUCAGUCCCACAGGCAGCGCCUCUGGGAGGCAGAGUUCCAGUACAGCUGCUCACGGGAGCUCUGACACCCAGAGGGCAACCACUUACAGCAUCUCACCAGCAUCCUCAUGGACCAGUGAAAGCACAGUUCAGCACUUUAGUGAACCCCAGCACACACAGUGGGUGGAGAUAAGUCCUAGCAUGAAAAGGGAGAGACUCCCAGCAUCAACCAGUGUGUUCACUUCUCCAGCAACUGGUUUCAUGGAAGCAGCUUCUGUCAGGGAACCAUCAACAGCCAUGCUCAUGACCGAGAACACGAAUGGCGCAGGCACUGUUUAUGCCAUGGCUUCUGCCAACAUUCCAACUGUAAGGAGCUACAUUACCAGAAGAAGAUUGGCCACGACCCACUUGCCCAUUGGAACCACAGCUUCCUCUGAGACAUCUACAGAUUUUACCAAGGCCAAAGAAAGUGUCUCAAUGUCAGGAUCUCCAUCUCAGUCUAUGGAUGCUGCUGGCUCAAGCACUCCAGGAAGGACAAGCCAAUUGGUUGGCACAUUUUCUGAUGACUUCUCUCAUUUAACGUCUGGAGAAAUUACAAUACCUAGAGAUGGAACCAGCUCAGCUUCAACUCCACAAAUGACUGCAACCCACCCUCCAUCUCCUGAGCAUGGCUCUGCUAGAAGCACCUGGCUUGGCAUUUUGUCCUCAUCUCCUUUGGCUCCUACUCUCAAAGUCACAUCUCCUCCUGCUCCUACUCCCAAAGUCACGAUGAGCUCCACCUUUUCAACCCAGAGAGUCACCACAAGCAUGACAAAGGACACAGUUGAAACGAGUCAAUGGAAUACACCUGACUUACUUUCCAUGACUUCCUUGACACCAAGUAAUAUUCCAACAAGUACUGCCAUGGGGAAAAGUACCCUGGUUCCCUUGGACCCUCCUUCUCCAGCCACAUCAAUAGAGGCAUCAGAAGGGGGACUCCCGACCCUCAGCACCUACCCUGAAUCAACAAACACACCUAGCAUCCACCUCGGAGUGCACACUAGUUCAGAAAGUCCUAGCACCAUCAACCUCCCCAUAGCUUCAGUAGUAAAAACUGGCUCUUAUACACCUCUCACCUUCCCUUCAGUAGAGACCAACAUUCAUGUAUCAACAACCGGAAUGGAGAAAAAUAAAAUUGCUUACUCUUCUGGGUCCUCACCUGAGAUGACAGCUUCUGGAGAGACUAAAACUAGUAGUACCUGGUCCCUCACCAACUACAUCACCACUACGGAUCCUAGGGAUAUAAGUUCAGCUCAGGUCUCUACACCCCACUCAGUGAGGAUGCCCAGAACCACAGACAAUCAUCCGAAGACAGAGUCCACCAGCCCAGCUGCUUACUCUGGGAGCCCUAGAAUCUCAAGUCCGCCCAGUCUCACCAACCCAGCCACGAAAGCAUGGACCAACAAUGACACAAGUGAAGACUCCACUCAAUUACAUCAUGCAAAUUUGGGAGAAAAAUCACCUGGAUUUGAGACACAGUCAACCCCAGGACCUGUCUCUGUAGUAAUCUCUACAUCCCCUACUAUUGGAAGCAGAACAUUGGAACUGACUUCUGAUGUGCCAGAGGAACAAAUGGUCCUCACCACCAGUGAGCAGACCGCAAUCACUCUCCCUAUGGCAACAAGGCAGAGUACCAGUUUGACAGAAGAAAUGGCUUCAACAGACCUUGACAUUUCAAGUCCAGGUUCACCCAUGAGGACAUCUGCUAUUUUUCCACCUGUGUCCACACCUUCUCAUGAACUUUCAAAGUCAGAUACCAGUGCCAUUGAAAAUACAGGUUCAACCAUGUUGAAUCAGCAUCUAGGAUUCAGGAGUUUGGGCACAACUGGGGACUUAACUCCUCUCUCAGUCACAGUCUCCCAGGAACCCAGCAUGGGCCCAGAACCACGUCCAUCCACCUCAAUGUAUUCAUCCACAGGCACUGCAACCACAGGUGUCACAUCCUCAGGGGCGAGAUACAGCACUGAUGGACCUGAAUCUAGGAUUCCAGGCUUCCCCAGCACAGAAGCCAAGAAGAGUUCAUCACCUCUUCCAAGCUCUACUCUCUCAUCUGCAGAACGCACAUCCUCCGCAGUACCGAUCACUUUGCUGCAAAGUCCCCAUUCAACCAGGAGGAGACUCGUAUCAGAGGCAACACCACCAGUCAACUCUGUAUCUCAGGAUGCUACAAGCUCUUCUCCAGGGCGGUCAACAGAGGUGCAAAGUCUUGCUGCGAUUUUCAGCUCUGCGGAAACUGACAGCGGGGUCGCACGGACGUCUGGCUAUGGAAAACCCGGAGUAGAUUUGGGAACAAGUUUUGCUGAAUGGAAUUCAUUUAUGCCUUUGACCUCAAGCACUGCUGGGGCCUCAGUUUCCUCUGAGGCAACCACUUCCAGGAGGCAAAGUGACCCCUGGUCAGAGUCAUCAGUGACCACGAGAAGGGUUGGGUCAGGAUUUCCUUCUUCAGCCUCCUCUGUUUCCCCUGAUAGGACCACUUCAUUGGUUGUUCCCCGGACAGUGGGUGAAACUGCAGGUUCCACUUUAUUCUUCCCUAAAGUGAAGGAAAUGUCGACUGAGAAAGUGUCAGUUUCCUCUCUGGCCCUUGGACUACUAGGCACAACAUCUCCCAUGGCUCUCUCUGGGAUCACAUCUUCCAUGGGCACUGAAGAGGAUGCAGGAACAAGCUCAACCACCUCGUGGUCCAGCUCCUCUUCUAAAGGUGAAAUAAAUUCCUCCAUUCAUAUGUCCUCUAUCAUUCACAACAGUCCUGCUUCUUUUGAUCUGUCCACCAGAGAAGGUUCCAGGGCAUCUUCCCUGGAUUCCACAGUCCCAACCUGGAUCUCCUCAUCAGCAUUUACCAACCUUCUGGCACAGACAAACCACACUGCUGAGGCCGUUUCCUCCUCAGGAAGCCCAGAGUUGGAGCACACUAGCCCUGGAGUGGAGACUGGCUCAGCCAAAACUUCAUCAGGAGCAUCCACCUCCUUCGAGGCUGGCAGUGGCCCCCGCUGGACACCCACUUCUCCACUGGCAGGGGCUACAACCAAUAAAAGUCAGACUACUGGGUCAGGAAGCACCUAUGCUCCUCAUCUUGACAGCUCACUUUCAUUCACAAGGACUGUUGGGAGUAUGGAGCCUUCCAGCAGGACCCCAGGCUCAACAGCUAAGAGUCUCAUUCCGUGGUCAACAAGUGAUUCUCUAGAACCCAGGUCACCUGCCAGUACAACAGCAACUGAUGGAACGCUAGUGCCCACCACAAAGAUGUCAAGCCAGCCAGCACAAGGAAAUUCCACAUGGCCUUCCCUAUCGGAGGGGACAGGGACCAGUCCAGCAGGCACAUCCCCAGGAAGCCCAGAAAUGUCCACAGCCCUCAAAACCAUGAGCUCCAAGGAACCCAGCAUCAGCCCAGCGAUCAAGUCCACUGCGAGCAAUUCUCCUUGGAAGACUCCAGAAACAGCUGUUCCCAUGGAGACCACAGUGGAACCAGUCACCCUUCAGUCCACAGACCUUGGAAGUGGUAGCACCAGCCUCUCUCAUCUGCCCACAGGAGCCACAUCACCAACCAAGUCACCAAUAGAAAAUAUGGUGGCUACAGACAGGGUCUCACUCUCCCCAUCCCCACCUGAGGCUUGGACCAACCUUUAUUCUGGAACUCCAGGAGGGACCAGGCAGUCACUGGCCACAAUGUCCUCUGUCUCCCUAGAGUCACCAACUGCUAGAAGCACCAGAGGAACUGGUCAGCAAAGCAGUCCAGAACUGAUUUCAAAGACCACUGGAAUGGAUUUCUCUGUGUGGCAUGGCUCUACUGGAGGGACCACAGUGGACACACAUGUCUCUCUGAGCACAUCUUCCAGUAUCUUUGAAGACCCUCUAACCAGCCCAAACUCUGUGAGCUCAGUGGUAGAUAACUCCAAAUUUAAAACCAAGACAUGGGUCAGCACCACAGCUAUUCCCUCCACUGUCCUGAGUAACAAGACAGUGGCAGCUGAACAACAGACAAGUCCAUCUGUGGAUGAGGCUUAUUCAUCAACUGGCUCAUUGUCACAUCAGACAUCUGGGAGUGACAGCACCGUUGGUGCAUCUCCUGAUGUCGCAAACACAUUACACAUCACCUCCACAGCACAAACCACCUCACUAGUAUCUCUGCUCUCUGGAGACCAAGGCAUUAUCAGCCUCACCAGUGCCUCAGGAGGAAAAACAAGCUCUGCAUCAUCUGUCACAUCCCCUUCAACAGGGCCUGAGACUCUGAUGGCCAUCAUAAGUGUAGCGACUAGUGACACUGCCCCUACUGCUGGGCAACUAUCCCAGACCUCCUCUCCUGUGGAAGUGAGCAUCACUGGUGUAGCCACAGCUCCUACUCCAGGUAUCACCACCAGCAUCACUACCAUAGGAACCAACUCAAUCUUGACUACACCCAGCCCAGAAAGGGGCGUGAGUACCAUGGACAGCACGCUGGCCACAGAGAGGAGCACAUCUACAGAGCACACUCCCACCUGGUCCUCCACAGCUGCAUCAGAUUCCUGGACUGUCACAGACAUGGCUUCAAACUUGAAAGUGGCAAGUUCUCCUGGAACAAUUUCUACAAUGCGUACAACUUCAUUCUUAGCCUCAAGCACUGAAUUGGACUCCAUGUCCACUCCCAAUGGCCUUAUUACUAUCAUUGGAACCAGCCUGGUCACUCCAUCCUCGGAUGCUUCAGCCAUAAAGACAGAGAGCAGUACACGUGAAAUAACACUGAGUUCUUCAGUUACAACUAUGUCUACUCCCAUCUCAAAUUUUUCUCGUAUCCAGAGCACCUCAGUUGCUGACAUUUCAAAUACAAGUUGGACUCCCAGUAGAACAGAAACAGGAGAUGUGCCUGUUUCAAUGGCUCCUACUAAUUAUGCCAGUACAAAGACUGACCCCAAUAUGCUCCUGUCCACUUUUCUGUUUGAUUCUCUAUCCACUCUUGAUUGGGACACUGGGAAAUCUGUGUCAUCAGCCACAGCCACUACCUCAGCUCCUCAUGGGGCCACAACUCCUCAAGAACUCACUUUGGAGAUGAUGAUCAGCCCAACUACCUCACGGCCACCCUUCUCUACAGGAGACAGUACAAGUGGAGUCACACCAGCUGCAAUGCUAAGGAGCUCCGGAGUUACUUUUUCAAGACCAGACCUCACAAGCAAAAGGGCAGAGCAGAGUUCUACUCAGCUUCCCACCACAACUUCUACACAUCCAGAAGAGAACAUCAAGGUUACCAGCUCCUCCAGUUUAUUAAGGACCUUGGAUACACUGGACAUAAGCUUGGAAUCUGCAAUUACUUCAUCCUCAUAUUGGAAAAGCAGCCCAUAUGAGAGCCCAUAUGCCACUUCUGAGUCCACCACAGGCAAAGAGUCAAUUCGCCCUUCUACACACAUAGUAGACUCAACACCAUGGGUCACAAGUUCCAAACGUGCUUCUCAUUCUACUGUCCCAGCCCACUCAGAGUCAUCCAAGCUCACGUCUCCAGUGGUUACUGCCUCCACCAGGGGACAAGCCAUUUUUUCUAUAUCAACGACCACAUGGCCAGAGUCUACAAGGGCUGGAACAGAGCCUAGUUCCUCCUUGACUACUGAACUGAGGGACUUCAACCCUUACAUGGACACCAGCUCAACCACGCAAACAAGUAUUAUCUCUUUGCCAGGUUCCACUGCUAUCACCAAGGGACCUAGAACAGAAAUUACCUCCUCCUCUGAGAGAAUAUCCAGCUCAUUCCUUGCCCCGUCUGUGAAGUCAUCAGACAGGCCCCCAGAAACCAUCACCAGGAUGUCUAACUUCCGUGCCACGACAGAAUCUGGACAAAUGACUCUCACUAUGCAAACGGGUCCACCUGGCACUACAUCACUAAGUGCACCUACCUUGGACACAUCAGCCACAGCCUCCUGGGCAGGGACUCCAUUGGCUAUGACUCAGAGAUUUGCACACUCAGAGGAGACCACUCUCUUCAGCAAAGGUCCUGAGGAUACAUCACAGCCAAGCCCUGCCUCUGUGGAAGAAACCAGCUCUUUCUCUUCCCUGGCACCUAUCCAUGCCACAACCUCACCUUCCAAUACUUUGUUGACAUCACAAGGACACAGUCCCUCCUAUACUCCACCUGUGACCUCAGUUCUCUGGCCUCAGACCUCUGGCCUGGGGAAGACCACCGAUUUGUCAAGGAUAAGCUUGGAACCUGGGACCAGUUUCCCUCCCAAUUUAGGCAGUACAGCAGGUGAGGCAUUAUCCACUUAUGAAGCCACCAGAGAUACAAAGGUCAUUCAUACUUCUGAAAACACAGCAGUGAUAAAUGUGGAGGCAACCAGUUCUGAACAUUCUUCUGUCCCAGUCCAUACACAGCCGUCCGAAGCCACAUCUCCAGUGGUUACCUCCCGUACCAUAGGAGACAUCACUGCUUCCACAUUAGUGUUUGGCUCCUCUGAGACCACAGAGAUUGAGACAGCAUCCUCUCUGAACCUGGGACUUCAGGAGAGAAGCACAUCCCAAGUGACCAGCUCUGCUACAGAGACAAGCACUGUCAUUACCCAUGUGUCUACUGGUGAUGCUCCUACUGAAGUCACCAAGACACAAGUCACUUUCUCUAGCAGAACAUCCAUCCCAAGCCCUUAUCACUUCAAAACUUCUACCAACACAUUUACAAAUGUGAGCACCAACCCAUCCACCUCUCUGAUAAUGACAGAAUCUUCGGGAGUGACCAUCACUACCCAAACAGAUCCUACUGGAGCCACAACACAGGGUCCGUAUCUCUUGGACACAUCAACCAUGCCUUACUUGACAGAGACUCCAUUGGCUGUGACUCCAGAUUUUAUGCAAUCAGAGAAGACCACUCCCAUGAGCAAAGGUCCCAGGGAUGUGUCACGGACAAGCCCUCCUUCUGUGGCAGAAACAAGCUCUCCCUCUUCCCUGACACCUAUCUUGGUCAGAACUUUACCUCCUGCCACUUCCACACUACAAGGGCAAAGUACGUCCUCUCCUGUUUCUAUGACUUCAGUGAUCACCUCUGAACUGAUAAAGACCACAGAUAAACUGAACAUGAGCGUGGAACCCGUGACUAUUUCACCUCAAACUUUGAACAACACAUUAAGUGACAUACUGGCCACUUUGGAAACCACCACAGAUAUAGAGAAAAUUCAUCCUUCCAUAAACAAAGCAGUUACCAAUAUGGAAUUGCAUUCCACUCUCCCAGCUAGCUCAGAACCAUCUACAACCACAUCUCCAGUGGUUCCUGCCUCCACCAUGGAGGACACUCUUGUUUCUGCAUCAACAUCUGAUUUUGAGACCACAGACAUUGAGGGAGAGCCAACAUCCUUUCUGACUCCAGGACGAGGAGAGAACAGUACCACCCAGGAGUCAAAUAUCAUCCUCUCCAGUGUGUCUGUGGGAGCGGCUACUGAAGCCUCCAAAACGGAAGUCUCCUCUUUUGAUGCAACAUUUAUACCAACUCAUGCUCAGUCAACAAAGUCCCCAGAUAUUUUUUCAGUGACCAGCAGUAGACUCUCAAACUCUCCUCCCAUGGCAAUAUCUACCCACAUGACCACUACCCAGACAGGGUCUUCCGAAGCUACAUCAAAGAUUCCACUUGCCUUAGACACAUUGACGUUGGAAACCUCAGCAGGGACUCCAUCAGUGGUGACUGAGAGGUUUGCCCACUCAAAAAUAACCACUUCCAUGAACAGUGAUGCCAAGGACAUGUCAUGGACAAACCCUCCCUUUGUGGAAGAAGCCAGCUCUCCCUCUUCUCAGGCACCUGUUCUUGUCACAAGCUUAGCUUCUCCUGUUGCUUCCACGUUGCAAUGGCACGGCACGUCCUCUCCUGUUCCUGUGUCCUCAGUUCUUACCUCUUCACUGAUAAAGAUCACAGGCAAGGUGGAUACAAGUUUAGAAAAAGUAACCAGUUCACCUCAAAGUAUGAGCCACACUUUGGAUGACAUAUUGGCCACUUCAGCAGCCACCACAGAUAUAGAGACAUCGCAUCCUUCCAUAAACAUAGCCGUGACCAAUGUGGGGGCCACCAGUUCAGCAUUUGAAUUGCAUUCCACUGUCUCAGCUGACUCAGAGCCAUCUAAAGUCACAUCUCCAUAUGUUACCACCUCCACCAUGGAAGACGCCAUGAUUUUCAGAUCAAUACCUAGAUCCUCUAAGACUACAAGAAUUGAGACUGAGACAACUUCCUCCUUGACUCCUAAACAGAGGGAGACCAGCAUCUCCCAGGAGAUCCCCUCAUCCACAGAGACAAGCACUGUUCCUUACAAAGAGCUCAUUGGUGUCACUGCCAAGGUUUCCACGACAGAUGUCACUUCCUCUAGCAGUACAUCCAUCCCUGGUCCUGAUCAGUCCACAGUGUCACUAGACAUCUCCACAGAAGCCACCACCAGGCUCUUUACCUCCCCUAUAAUGGCAGAAUCUGCAGAAAUAAUCAUCACCACCCAAACAGGUCCUCAUGGGGCUACAUCACAGAAUGCCUUUACCACAGACACAUCAAAUACAACCCCCCAUGCAGGGAUCCACUCAGUUAUGACUGAUGGAUUUUCACAAUCGGAUGUGACCACUCUUAUGAGCGGAAUUCCAAUGGAUGUAUCAUGGACAAGUCCUCCCUCUGUGGAUGAAACCAGCUCCCCCUCUUCCUUUCUAUCUUUACCUGCAAUGACCACACCUUCCCUAGUUUCCUCUACCUUACCAGGGGAUAGGCUCUCUUCUCCUAUGACUUCACCUCUCACCUCUGGCCUGGUGAAGAUCACAGACAUAUUACAUACACGCUUGGAACCUGUGACCAGUUCACUUCCACAUUUCCGCAGCACCUCAGAUAAGAUGCUGGCUACUUCUAACGAUGGUCAAGACACAGCAAAAAUCGACCCUUCCAUAAACACUGCAGAGACCAAUACGAAAGCCAACAACUCUGGACAUGAAUCCUAUUCCUCUACACUGGCUGAUUCAGAGACACCGAAAGCCACAACUCAAAUGGUUAUCGCCACCACUCUAGGAGAUCCAGCUCCUUCCACAUCAAUGCCAACGCAUGGUUCCUCUGAGACUACAAACAUUAGGAGAGAGCCGACAUAUUUCUCGACUCCUAGACUAAUAGAGACUAGCAUCUCUCAGGAGUCCAGCUUUUCCACAGACACGAGUUUUCUACUGUCCAAAGUCCCCACUGGUACUGUCACUGAGGUCUCCGGCACAGAAGUCAUCUCUUCUAGCAAAAUAUCCACCCCAGACCAUGAUAGGUCUACAAUGCAAUCUGACACCUUCACAGGAGAGAACACCAGGGUCUUUACCUCCUCUAUAAUGACAAAAUCUGCAGAAAUGACAGUCACCACCCAAGCAAGUCCUCCUGGGUCUGCAUCACACGGUACUCUUCCCUUGAACACAUCAACCACACGUUCCCAGGGAGGGACUCGUUCAACCAUGACUCAGGGAUUCCCACACUCAGAGGUGACCACUUUUAUGAGCAUGGGUGCUGAGAACGUGUCAAGGAUGACAACUCCCCUUGUGGAAGAAACCAGCUCUGCAUCUUCCUUGAUGUCUUCACCUGCUAUGACCUCCCCUUCUCCUGUUUCCUCCACAUUACCAGAGAGCAUCCCCUCCUCUCCUCUUCCUGUGACUGCACUUCCUAUUUCUGUUCUGGUGACAACCACAGAUGUGUUGGGCACAACAAGCCCAGAGCCUGUAACCAGUUCACCUCCAAAUUUGGGCAGCACCACAUAUGAGAGACUGAUCACCCACAAAGACAGUGCACAUACAGAAAUCUUGCAUCCUUCCACAAACACAGCAGUGGCCAAUGUAGGGACCUCCAGUUCCGGACAUGAAUCACAAUCCUCUGUCCUAGCUGACUCAGAGACAUCCAAAGCCACAUCUCCAAUGGCUAUGACCUCCACCGUGGGGGACACAAGUGUUUCCAUAUCAACUCCUGUUAACUCUCAGACUAGUCAAAUUCAAACAGAGUCAGUGACAUCCCUGACCCCUGGAUUGAGGGACAGCAGUAUGUCUGAGAAGACCAGCUCAGCAACAGAAACAAAUACUGUCUUUUCUUAUGUGCCCGCGGGUGCUACUACUCAGGCUGCCAGGACAGAAAUCUCCUCUAGCAGAACGUCCAUCUCAGAGCUUGAUCAGUCCACAAUGGCACCCGAUAUCUCCACGGGAAUGACCACCAGGCUCUUCACCUCCCCCAUCAUGACAAGAUCUGCAGAAAUGCCCAUCACCACUCAAACAACUACUCCUGGAGCUACAUCACAGGGUACCCUUCCCUCGGACACAUCAACCACACUCUUCCGGGGAGGGACUCAUUCAGUUGUGUCUCAGGGAUUCCCACACCCAGAGAUAACCACUUUUAGCAGCAGAAUUCCUGGAGAUGUGUCAUGGAUGACAACUCCCCCUGUGGAAGAAACCAGCUCUGUGUUUCCCCUGAUGUCUUCAUCUGCCAUGACAUCUCAUUCUGUUUCCUCCACAUUACCAGAGAGCAUCCCCUCCUCCCCUCUUCCUGUGACUGCACUUUCUACUUCUGUUCUAGUGACAACCACCGAUGUGCUGGGCACAACAAGCCCAGAGUCUGUAACCAGUUCACCUCCAAAUUUGAGCAGCACCACAAAUGAGAGACCAGCCACUUACGAAGACACUGCACACACAGAAGCCAUGCCUCCUUCCACAAACACAGCAGUGGCCAAUGUAGGGACCUCCAGGUCUGGAUAUGAAUCACAAUCCUCUGUCCUAGCUGACUCAGAAACAUCGAGAGUCACACCUCCGAUGAGUACCACCUCCACCCUGGGGGACACAAGUGUUUCCAUAUCAACUCCUGAUAUCUCUCAGACUAGCCAAAUUCAAACAGAGUUAAUGGCAUCCCUGACCCCCUCAUUGAGGGAGAGCAUCACGUCUGAGAAGACCAGCUCACCAACAGAGACAAAUACUGCCAUUUCUUAUGUGCCCACUGGUGUUACUACUCAGGCCUCCAGGACAGAAAUCUCCUCUAGCAGAACAUCCAUCUCAGAGCUUGAUCAGUCCACAAUGGCACCCGAUAUCUCCACAAGAAUGACCACCAGGCUCUUCACCUUCCCCAUCAUGACAAGAUCUGCAGAAAUGACCAUCACCACUCAAACAACUAUUCCUGGACCUACAUCACAGGGUACCUUUCCCUCGGACACAGCAACCACACUCUUCCAGGGAGGGACUCAUUCAGUUGUGUCUCAGGGAUUACCACACCCAGAGAUAACCACUCUUAGGAGCAGAAUUCCUGGAGAUGUGUCAUGGAUGACAACCCCCCCUGUAGAAGAAACCAGCUCUGUGUUUUCCUUGAUGUCUUCACCUGCCAUGACCUCCUCUUCUCCUGUUUCCUCCACAUUACAAGAGAGCAUCCCCUCCUCUCCUCUUCCUGUGACUGUACUUCCUACUUCUGUUCUGGUGACAACCACAGAUGUGCUGGGCACAAUAAGCCCAGAGCCUAUAACCAGUUCACCUCCAAAUUUUAGCAGCACCACAAAUGAGAGACCAGCCACUUACAAAGACACUGCACACACAGAAGCCAUGCCUCCCUCCACAAACACAGCAGUGGCCAAUGUAGGGACCUCCAGGUCUGGACAUGAAUCACAAUCCUCUGUCCUAGCUGACUCAGAGACAUCCAAAGCCACGUCUCCAGUGGGUACCACCUUGACCAUGUGGGAUACAAGAGUUUCUACAUCAAAUCCUGCUUUAUUUGAGGCUAGAAUUCAGAUGGAAUCAACAUCUUCUUGGACUCCUGGAUUGAAGGACACCAGCAUGUCUGAGGAGACCAACACUGUGACAGAUUCAAGCACCUUCCUUUCAGAAGUGCCCACUAUUGCUACUACUGAGGUCUCCAGAACAGAAGUUAUCACCUCUAGCAGAACAUCUGUCUCAGGGUCUGAUCAUUCCAAAAUGUCACCAUAUAUCUCCACAGAAACCAUCACCAGCCUCUCCCCUUCUCCUGUGGUAACAGGAUCCACAGAAAUGACUAUCAGCAAACAAACAGGUCCUAUAGGGACUACCUCACAGGCUACCAUCACCCUGGACACAUCAAGGACAGCUUCCCGGGAAGGGACUCACCCACCUGUGACUCAGAGAUAUUCACACUCAGAGGAGACCACUAAUAGGAGCAGAGGUACUGUGACUAUGUCAGGGCAGAGCCCUCCUACUGUGGAAGAAACCAGUUCUCCAUCUUCGCUGGUGCCUUUACCUGCAAUAACCUCAUUUUCACCUCUUUAUUCCACACUAUCAGGAAGUAGCCCCGCUUCUUCCUUUCCUGUGAGUUCCCCUCUCAUCUUUGGCAAGAGGAAGACCACAGACACAUUGGAUGCAAGCUCAGAACCUGUGACCAGCUCCUUACCAAGUACAAGUAGCUUCUCAGGUGAGAUACCCAAUUCUGACACCUCGAAAAAUACAGAGACCAUUCACUUUUCAGAGAACACAGCAGAAAACAACAGUGGGACUGCGAGCUUUACACAUGCAAUUGCGGUUUCUGAAAACACAGUAGUGGCCCAUGUGGGAACCACCAGAGAUAUACAGGAAGUAUAUUCUUCUUCCCCAGGCUUCUCAGAGCUACCCAAAGUGACAUCUCCAACGAUCACCUCUUCUGCCAUAAAAGACAUUAUUUCUACAAACAUACCUGCUUCCUCUGAGAUAACAAGAAUUGAGGUGGAGUCAACAUCUACACCGAUCCCCAGCGCCUCCCAGGAGAUUCACUCAGCCAUGGAGACAAGCACUGUUCCUUACAAAGUGCUUACUGGUGCCAUGAUUGAGGACUCCAGGAAACAAGUCACGUCCUCUAGCAGGGCACCUAGCCCUGAUCAGUCCACAGUGUCACCAGACAUCUCCAUUGAAGUGAUCACUACCCCCAUGAAGACAGCAUCUACAGAAAUGACCAUUACCACCCAAAAGGGUCCUCCUGGGGCCACAUCACAGGGUACCCUCACCUCGAACACCUCAACAACAACCUUUUUGUCAGGGACCCACUCAACUGCAUCUCAAGGAUUUUCACACUCAGAGAUGACCACUCUUAUGAGUGGAACUCCUGGAGACGUGCCAUGGACGAGCCAGCCCUCUGUGGAAGAAACCAGCUCUGUGUCUUCUUUGCUGUCUUCACCUGCUAUGACGUCACCUUCUCCUGUUUCCUCCACAUUCCCACACAGCAUCCCCUCCUCUUCUCUUCCUGUGACAUCACUUCUCCCCUUGGGCCCGGUGAAGACCACAGAGCUGUUGGACAUGAGUUCAGAACCUGAAACCAGUUCACCUCCAAAUCUGAGCAGCAGCUUCACUGAAAUACUGACCACCUCUGAGGUCACCACAGAUACAGAGAAACUGGAGGUGACCAAUGUGGGAACUUCAGGAUACACACAUGAAUCUUUCUCCUCUGUCCUAGCUGACUCAGUGAAAACGAGAGCCCCAUCUCCAAUGGGCAUCACCUCCCCUAUGGGGGACCGAAGUGUUCUCACAUCAAGUCCUGCCUUCUCUGACACUACUAGGAUUCAGACAGAGCCAACACUCUCACUGACUCCUGGGUUGAGUGAGAGCACCUCUGAAGGGACUAGCUCAGCCAAGGAAACAAGCACUGUCCAUUCUAGCAUGCCCGCUGGUGCUACUCCUGAGGUCUCCAGGACUGGAGCCAUCUCCUCUAGCAGAACAUCCACCAAAGGCCCUGCUGAAUCCACAAUGUCAGCAGACAUCUCCAUGGAAACCAUCACUAGAAUUUCUAUACCCCUCACAAGAAAAGAAUCAGCAGAAAUGACCAUCACCCCCAAAACAGGUCCAUCUGGGGCAUCCUCAGAAGGUACCUUUUCCUUGGGUGCAUCAAGCACAGCCUCCUGGCCAGGAACUCACUCAGCUGCAAUGCAGAGAUCUCCACAAUCAGCCGUGACCACUCCUGUGAGCAGAGGUUCUGAGGAUCUGUCAUGGUCAAGCUCCACAUCACUGGACAAAACUAGCCCUCCAUCUUCCCUGGUGCCUUCACCUGCAGUAACCUCAACUUCUCCAUUUUAUUCCACACUAUCUGGGAGGAGCCACUCCUCUCCUCUCCUGGCAACUUCUCUUUUCACCUCUGGCACGAUGAAGACCACAGACAUGUUGGACACAAGCUUGAAACCUGUGACCAUGUCACUUCCCAGUAUGAAUAUCACCUCAGAUGAGAGUCUGGACACUUCUAAAGCCACCAUGGAGAUAGGGGCAAUUGAUGUUUCUGAAAAUGCAGCAGUGACCCAUGUGGGAACCACCAGAGCUGUACAGAAAGUAUAUUCUUCUUCCCCCGGCUUCUCAGAGCUACCCAAAGUGACAUCUCCAAUGAUCACCUCUUCUGCCACAAAAGACAUUGUUUCUACAACCAUAUCUGCUUCCUCUGAGACAACAAGAAUUGAGAUGGAUUCAACAUCUACACUGAUCCCCAGUACCUCCAAGGAGAUUCACUCAGCCACGGAGACAAGCACUGUUCCUUACAAAGUGCUUACUGGUGCCAUGAUUGAGGACUCCAGGAAACAAGUCACGUCCUCUAGCAGAGGACCUAGCCCUGAUCAGUCCACAAUGUCACCAGACAUCUCCACUCAAGGGAUCACCAGGCUGUCUACCUCCCCCAUCAAGACAGCAUCUACAGAAAUGACCAUUACCACCCAAAAGGGUUCUCCUGGGGCCACAUCACAGGGUACCCUCACCUCGGACACCUCAACAACAACCUUUUUGUCAGAGAACCACUCAACUGCAUCUCAAGGAUUUUCAAACUCAGAGAUGACCACUCUUAUGAGUGGACCUCCUGGAGAUGUGCCAUGGACGAGCCAGCCCUCUGUGGAAGAAACCAGCUCUGUGUCUUCUUUGCUGUCUUCACCUGCUAUGACGUCACCUUCUUCUGUUUCCUCCACAUUCCCAGACAGCAUCCCCUCCUCUUCUCUUCCUGUGACAUCACUUCUCACAUUGGGCCCGGCGAAGACCACAGAGCUGUUGGACACGAGUUCAGAACCUGAAACCAGUUCACCUCCAAAUCUGAGCAGCAGCUUGUCUGAAAUACUGACCACCUCUGAGGUCACGCCAGAUACAGAGAUACUGGAGGUGACCAAUGUGGGAACUUUAGGUUAUACACAUGAAUCUUCCUCCUCUGUCCUAGCUGACUCAGUGAUGACAAAAGUCCCAUCUCCAAUGGGCAUCACCUCCCCUACGGGGGACACAAGUGUUCUCACAUCAAGUCCUGCCUUCUCUGACACUACUAGGAUUCAGACAGAGCCAACACUCUCACUGACUCCUGGGUUGAGUGAGAGCAGCACCUCUGAAGGGACUAGCUCAGCCACGGAAACAAGCACUGUCCAUUCUAGCAUGCCCGCUGGUGCUACUCCUGAAUUCUCCAGGACAGGAGCCAUCUCCUCUAGCAGAACAUCCACCCACGGCCCUGCUGAAUCCACAAUGUCACCAGACAUCUCCAUGGAAACAAUCACUGGAAUUUCUAUACCCCCCACCAGAAAAGAAUCAGCAGAAAUGACCAUCACCCCCAAAACAGGUCCAUCUGGGGCAUCCUCAGAAGGUACCUUUUCCUUGGGUGCAUCAAGCACAGAGUCCUGGCCAGGAACUCACUCAGCUGCAGCUCAGAGGUAUCCACAAUCAGCCGUAAUAACUCCUGUGAGUGGAACUCCCUCAGCUGCAACUCAGAGAUCUCCCCAAUUAGAUGUGACCACACCUGUGAGCAGAGGUUCUGAGGAUCUGUCAUGGUCAAGCCCCUCAUCAGUGGAAAAAACUAGCCCUCCAUCUUCCCUGGUGCCUUCACCUGCAGUAACCUCACCUUCUCCACUUCAUUCCACACUAUCUGGGAGGAGCCACUCCUCUCCUCUCCUGGCAACUUCUGUUUUCACCUCUGGCACAAUGAAGACCACAGACAUGUUGGACACAAGCUUGGAACCUGCGACCAUGUCACCUCCCAAUAUGAAUAUCACCUCAGAUGAGAGUUUCGCCACUUCUAAAGCCACCAUGGAGAUAGGGGCAAUUGACGUUUCUGAAAAUGCAGCAGUGACCCAUGUGGGAACCACCAGAGCUGUACAGGAAGUAUAUUCCUCUUCCCCAGGCUUCUCAAAGAUACCCAAAGUGACAUCUCCAAUGAUCUCCUCUCCUGCCAUAAAAGCCAUUGUUUCUACAACCAUACCUGCUUCCUCUGAGAUGACAAGAAUUGAGAUGGAUUCAACAUCUACACUGACCCCCACACAAAGGGAGAACAGCACCUCCCAGGAGAUUCACUCAGACACGAAGACAAGCACUGUUCCUUACAAAGUGCUUACUGGUGCCAUGAUUGAGGACUCCAGGACACAAGUCACAUCCUCUAGCAGAGGACCUAGCCCUGAUCAGUCGACAAUGUCACCAGACAUCUUCACUGAAGUGAUAACCAGGCUGUCUACCUCCCCCAUCAAGACAGCAUCUACAGAAAUGACCAUUACCACCCAAAAGGGUUCUCCUGGGGCCACAUCACAGGGUACCCUCACCUCGGACACCUCAACAACAACCAUUUUGUCAGGGACCCACUCAACUGCAUCUCAAGGAUUUUCACACUCAGAGAUGACCACUCUUAUGAGUGGAACUCCUGGAGACGUGCCAUGGAUGAGCCAGCCCUCUGUGGAAGAAACCAGCUCUGUGCCUUCUUUGCUGUCUUCACCUGCUAUGACGUCACCUUCUCCUGUUUCCUCCACAUUCCCAGACAGCAUCCCCUCCUCUUCUCUUCCUGUGACAUCAGUUCUCACCUUGCGCCUGGUGAAGACCACAGAGCUGUUGGACACGAGUUCAGAACCUGAAACCAGUUCACCUCCAAAUCUGAGGAGCAGCUUGGCUGAAAUACUGACCACCUCUGAGGUCACCCCAGAUACAGAGAAACUGGAGAUGACCAAUGUGGGAACUUCAGGAUACACACAUGAAUCUUCCUCCUCUGUCCUAGCUGACUCAGUGACGACAAAAGCCCCAUCUCCAAUGGGCAUCACCUCCCCUACGGGGGACACAAGUGUUCUCACAUCAAGUCCUGCCUUCUCUGACACUAGUAGGAUUCAGACAGAGCCAACACUCUCACUGACUCCUGGGUUGAGUGAGAGCAGCAUCUCUGAAGGGACUAGCUCAGCCACAGAAACAAGCACUGUCCAUUCUAGCAUGCCUGCUGGUUCUAAUCCUGAGGUCUCCAGGACAGGAGCCAUCUCCUCUAGCAGAACAUCCACCCAAGGCUCUGCUGAAUCCACAAUGUCACCAGGGAUCUCCAUGGAAACCAUCACUAGAAUUUCUAUACCCCCCACCAGAAAAGAAUCAGCAGAAAUGACCAUCACCCCCAAAACAGGUCCAUCUGCGGCAUCCUCACAAGGUACCUUUACAUUGGAUGCAUCAAGCACAGCCUCCUGGCCAGGAACUCACUCAGCUGCAACUCAGAGAUCUCCACAAUCAGCCGUGACCACUCCUGUGAGCCGAGGUUCUGAGGGUCUGUCAUGGUUAAGUCCCUCAUCAGUGGAAAAAAGUAGCCCUCUGUCUUCCCUGGUGCCUUCAACUGCAGUAACCUCACCUUCUCCACUUUAUUCCACACUAUCUGGGAGGAGCCACUCCUCUCCUCUCCUGGCGACUUCUGUUUUCACCUCUGGCACAAUGAAGACCACAGAUAUGUUGGACACGAGCUUGAAACCUGUGACCAUGUCACCUCCCAGUAUGAAUAUCACCUCAGAUGAGAGUCUGGCCACUUCUAAAGCCACCAUGGUGAUAGAGGCAAUUGAUGUUUCUGAAAAUGCAGCAGUGACCCAUGUGGGAACCACCAGAGCUGUACAGAAAGUAUAUUCCUCUUCCCCAGGCUUCUCAGAAAUACCCAAAGUGACAUCUCCAAUGAUCACCUCUUCUGCCACAAAAGACAUUGUUUCUACAACCAUACCUGCUUCCUCUGAGAUAACAAGAAUUGAGAUGGAGUCAACAUCUACACUGACCCCCAGCACCUCACAGGAGAUUCACUCAGCCGCGGAGACAAGCACUGUUCCUUACAAAGUGCUCACGGGUGCUAUGAUUGCGGACUCAAAGACUCAAGUCACGUCCUCUAGCAGGGGACUCAGCCCUGAUCAGUCCACAGUGUCACCAGACAUCUCCACUGAAGUGAUCAGCAGGCUGUCUACCUCCCCCGUCAAGACAGCAUCUACAGAAAUGACCAUUACCACCCAAAAGGGUUCUCCUGGGGCCACAUCACAGGGUACCCUCACCUCGGACACCUCAACAAUAACCUUUUUGUCAGGGACCCACUCAACUGCAUCUCAAGGAUUUUCACACUCAGAGAAGACCUCUCUUAUGAGUGGAACUCCUGGAGACGUGCCAUGGACGAGCCAGCCCUCUGUGGAAGAAACCAGCUCUGUGCCUUCUUUGCUGUCUUCACCUGCUAUGACGUCACCUUCUCCUGUUUCCUCCACAUUCCCAGACAGCAUCCCCUCCUCUUCUCUUCCUGUGACAUCAGUUCUCACCUUGCGCCUGGUGAAGACCACAGAGCUGUUGGACACGAGUUCAGAACCUGAAACCAGUUCACCUCCAAAUCUGAGGAGCAGCUUGGCUGAAAUACUGACCACCUCUGAGGUCACCACAGAUACAGAGAAACUGGAGGUGACCAAUGUGGGAACUUCAGGUUAUACACAUGAAUCUUCCUCCUCUGUUCUAGCUGACUCAGUGACAACAAAAGCCCCAUCUCCAAUGGGCAUCACCUCCCCUACGGGGAACACAAGUGUUCUCACAUCAAGUCCUGCCUUCUCUGACACUAGUAGGAUUCAGACAGAGCCAACACUCUCACUGACUGCUGGGUUAAGUGAGAGCAGCACCUCCGAAGGGAUUAGCUCAGCCACAGAAACAAAUAUGGUCCAUUCUAGCAUGCCUGCUGGUGCUACUCCUGAGGUCUCCAGGACAGGAGCCAUCUCCUCUAGCAGAACAUCCUCCCAAGGCCCUGCUGAAUCCACAAUGUCACCAGACAUCUCCAUGGAAACCAUCACUAGAAUUUCUAUACCCCCCACAAGGAAAGAAUCAGCAGAAAUGACCAUCACCCCCAAAACAGGUCCAUCUGGGGCAUCCUCAGAAGGUACCUUUUCCUUGGGUGCAUCAAGCACAGAGUCCUGGCCAGGAACUCACUCAGCUGCAGCUCAGAGGUAUCCACAAUCAGCCGUAAUAACUCCUGUGAGUGGAACUCCCUCAGCUGCAACUCAGAGAUCUCCCCAAUUAGAUGUGACCACACCUGUGAGCAGAGGUUCUGAGGAUCUGUCAUGGUCAAGCCCCUCAUCAGUGGAAAAAACUAGCCCUCCAUCUUCCCUGGUGCCUUCACCUGCAGUAACCUCACCUUCUCCACUUCAUUCCACACUAUCUGGGAAGAGCCACUCCUCCCCUCUCCUGGCAACUUCUGUUUUCACCUCUGGCACAAUGAAGACCACAGACAUGUUGGACACAAGCUUGGAACCUGCGACCAUGUCACCUCCCAAUAUGAAUAUCACCUCAGAUGAGAGUUUCGCCACUUCUAAAGCCACCAUGGAGAUAGGGGCAAUUGACGUUUCUGAAAAUGCAGCAGUGACCCAUGUGGGAACCACCAGAGCUGUACAGGAAGUAUAUUCCUCUUCCCCAGGCUUCUCAGAGCUACCCAAAGUGACAUCUCCAAUGAUCUCCUCUUCUGCCAUAAAAGCCAUUGUUUCUACAACCAUACCUGCUUCCUCUGAGACGACAAGAAUUGAGAUGGAUUCAACAUCUACACUGACCCCCACACAAAGGGAGAACAGCACCUCCCAGGAGAUUCACUCAGACACGAAGACAAGCACUGUUCCUUACAAAGUGCUUACUGGUGCCAUGAUUGAGGACUCCACGACACAAGUCACAUUCUCUAGCAGAGGACCUAGCCCUGAUCAGUCCACAGUGUCACCAGACAUCUCCACUCAAGGGAUCACCAGGCUGUCUACCUCCCCCAUCAAGACAGCAUCUACAGAAAUGACCAUUACCACCCAAAAGGGUCCUCCUGGGGCCACAUCACAGGGUACCCUCACCUCAGACACCUCAACAACAACCUUUUUGUCAGGGACCCACUCAACUGCAUCUCAAGGAUUUUCACACUCAGAGAUGACCACUCUUAUGAGUGGAACUCCUGGAGACGUGCCAUGGACGAGCCAGCCCUCUGCGGAAGAAACCAGCUCUGUGCCUUCUUUGCUGUCUUCACCUGCUAUGACGUCACCUUCUCCUGUUUCCUCCACAUUCCCAGACAGCAUCCCCUCCUCUUCUCUUCCUGUGACAUCACUUCUGACCUUGGGCCCGGUGAAGACCACAGAGCUGUUGGACACGAGUUCAGAACCUGAAACCAGUUCACCUCCAAAUCUGAGCAGCACCUUGUCUGAAAUACUGACCACCUCUGAGGUCACCACAGAUACAGAGAAACUGGAGGUGACCAAUGUGGGAACUUCAGGUUAUACACAUGAAUCUUCCCCCUCUGUCCUAGCUGACUCAGUGACAACAAAAGUCCCAUCUCCAAUGGGCAUCACCUCCCCUAUGGGGGACCCAAGUGUUCUCACAUCAAGUCCUGCCUUCUCUGACACUACUAGGAUGCAGACAGAGCCAACACUCUCACUGACUCCUGGGUUGAGUGAGAGCAGCACCUCUGAAGGGACUAGCUCAGCCAUGGAAACAAGCACUGUCCAUUCUAGCAUGCCCGCUGGUGCUACUCCUGAGGUCUCCAGGACAGGAGCCAUCUCCUCUAGCAGAACAUCCACCCACGGCCCUGCUGAAUCCACAAUGUCACCAGGGAUCUCCAUGGAAACCAUCACUAGAAUUUCUAUACCCCCCACAAGGAAAGAAUCAGCAGAAAUGACCAUCACCCCCAAAACAGGUCCUACUGGGGCUACCUCACAGGGAAUAUUUAACUUUGUCACAUCAAGCACAGCCUCCUGGCCAGGAACUCACUCAGCUGCAAUGCAGAGAUCUCCACAAUCAGCCGUAACCACUCCUGUGAGCCGAGGUUCUGAGGAUCUGUCAUGGUCAAGCCCCUCAUCAGUGGAAAAAACUAGCCCUCCAUCUUCCCUGGUGCCUUCACCUGCAGUAACCUCAACUUCUCCAUUUUAUUCCACACUAUCUGGGAGGAGCCACUCCUCUCCUUUCCUGGCAACUUCUCUUUUCACCUCUGGCACGAUGAAGACCACAGACAUGUUGGACACAAGCUUGAAACUUGUGACCAUGUCACCUCCCAGUAUGAAUAUCACCUCAGAUGAGAGUCUGGCCACUUCUAAAGCCACCAUGGAGAUAGAGGCAAUUGAUGUUUCUGAAAAUGCAGCAGUGACCCAUGUGGGAACCACGAGAGCUGUACAGGAAGUAUAUUCCUCUUCCCCAGGCUUCUCAGAGCUACCCAAAGUGACAUCUCCAAUGAUCACCUCUUCUGCCAUAAAAGACAUUGUUUCUACAACCAUACCUGCUUCCUCUGAGACAAGAAUUGAGGUGGAGUCAACAUCUCCACCGAUCCCCAGCACCUCCCAGGAGAUUCACUCAGACAUGGAGACAAGCACUGUUUCUUACAAAGUGCUUACUGGUGCCAUGAUUGAGGACUCCAGGAAACAAGUCAUGUCCUCUAGCAGAGGACCUAGCCCUGAUCAGUCCACAGUGUCACCAGACAUCUCCACUGAAGUGAUCACCAGGCUGUCUACCUCCCCCGUCAAGACAGCAUCUACAGAAAUGACCAUUACCACCCAAAAGGGUCCUCCUGGGGCCACAUCACAGGGUACCCUCACCUCGGACACCUCAACAACAACCUUUUUGUCAGGGACCCACUCAACUGCAUCUCAAGGAUUUUCACACUCAGAGAUGACCACUCUUAUGAGUGGACCUCCUGGAGACGUGCCAUGGACGAGCCAGCCCUCUGUGGAAGAAACCAGCUCUGUGCCUUCUUUGCUGUCUUCACCUGGUAUGACGUCACCUUCUGUUUCCUCCACAUUCCCAGACAGCAUCUCCUCUUCUUCUCUUCCUGUGACAUCACUUCUGACCUUGGGCCUGGUGAAGAACACAGAGCUGUUAGACACCAGUUCAGAACCCGAAACCAGUUCACCUCCAAAUCUGAGCAGCAGCUUGGCUGAAAUACUGACCACCUCUGAGGUCACCCCAGAUACAGAGAAACUGGAGGUGACCAAUGUGGGAACUUUAGGUUAUACACAUGAAUCUUCCUCCUCUGUCCUAGCUGACUCAGUGACAACAAAAGUCCCAUCUCCAAUGGGCAUCACCUCCCCUAUGGGGGACACAAGUGUUCUCACAUCAAGUCCUGCCUUCUCUGACACUAGUAGGAUUCAGACAGAGCCAACACUCUCACUGACUCCUGGGUUGAGUGAGAGCAGCACCUCUGAAGGGACUAGCUCAGCCACAGAAAUGAGCACUGUCUAUUCUAGCAUGCCCGCUGGUGCUACUCUUGAGGUCUCCAGGACAGGAGCCAUCUCCUCUAGCAGAACAUCCACCCAAGGCCCUGCUGAAUCCACAAUGUCACCAGACAUCUCCAUGGAAACCAUCACUAGAAUAUCUAUACCCCCCACCAGAAAAGAAUCAGCAGAAAUGACAAUCGCCCCCAAAACAGGUCCAUCUGGGGCAUCCUCACAAGGCACCUUUAUGUUGGGUGCAUCAAGCACAGCCUCCUCGCCAGGAACUCACUCAGCUGCAACUCGGAGAUCUCCACAAUCAGCCGUGACCACUCCUGUGAGCCAAGGUUUUGAGGAUCUGUCAUGGUCGAGCCCCUCAUCAAUGGAUAAAACUAGCCCUCCAUCUUCCCUGGUGCCUUCACCUGCAGUAACCUCACCUUCUCCACUUCAUUCCACACUAUCUGGGAGGAGCCACUCCUCUCCUCUCCUGGCAACUUCUGUUUACACCUCUGGUACAAUGAAGACCACAGACAUGUUGGACACAAGCUUGGAGCCUGUGACCAUGUCAUCUCCCAGUAUGAAUAUCACCUCAGAUGAGAGUCUGGCUACUCCCAAAGCCACCAUGGAGAUAGGGGCAAUUGACGUUUCUGAAAACGCAGCAGUGACCCAUGUGGGAACCACCAGAGCUGUACAGGAAGUACAUUCCUCUUCCCCAGGCUUCUCAGAGAUACCCAAAGUGACAUCUCCAAUGAUCAUGUCUUCUGCCACAAAAUACAUUGUUUCUACAACUAUACCUCCUUCCUCUGAGAUAACAAGAAUUGAGAUGGAGACAACAUCUACACUGACCCCCAAACCAAGGGAGAACAGCACCUUCCAAGAGAUUCACUCAGCCAUGGAGACAAGCACUGUUCCUUACAAAGUGUUCACUGGUGCCAUUAUUGAGGACUCCAGGACACAAGUUACAUCCUCUAGCAGAGGACCUAGCCCUGAUCAGUCCACAGUGUCACCAGACAUCUCCACUCAAGGGAUCACCAGGCUGUCUACCUCCCCCAUCAAGACAGCAUCGACAGAAAUGACCAUUACUACCAAAAAGGGUCCUCCUGGGGCCACAUCACAGGGUACCCUCACCUCGGACACCUCAACAACAAUCUUUUUGUCAGGGACCCACUCAACUGCAUCUCAAGGAUUUUCACACUCAGAGAUGACCACUCUUAUGAGUGGAACUCCUGGAGAUGUGCCAUGGACGAGCCAGCCCUCUGUGGAAGAAACCAGCUCUGGGCCUUCUUUGCUGUCUUCACCUGCUAUGACGUCACCUUCUCCUGUUUCCUCCACAUUCCCAGACAGCAUCCCCUCCUCUUCUCUUCCUGUGACAUCACUUCUGACCUUGGGCCCGGUGAAGACCACAGAGCUGUUGGACACGAGUUCAGAACCUGAAACCAGUUCACCUCCAAAUCUGAGCAGCAGCUUGGUUGAAAUACUGACCACCUCUGAGGUCACCACAGAUACAGAGAAACUGGAGGUGACCAAUGUGGGAACUUCAGGUUAUACACAUGAAUCUUCCUCCUCUGUCCUAGCUGACUCAGUGACAACAAAAGUCCCAUCUCCAAUGGGCAUCACCUCCCCUAUGGGGGACACAAGUAUUCUCACAUCAAGUCCUGCCUUCUCUGACACUAGUAGGACUCAGACAGAGCCAACACUCUCACUGACUUCUGGGUUGAGUGAGAGCAGCACCUCUGAAGGGACUAGCUCAGCCAUGGAAACAAGCACUGUCCAUUCUAGCAUGCCCACUGGUGCUACUCCUGAGGUCUCCAGGACCGGAGCCAUCUCCUCUAGCAGAACAUCCACCCACGACCCUCAUGCAUCCACAGUGUCACCAGGGAUCUCCAUGGAAACCACCACUAGAAUUUCUAUACCCCCCACCAGGAAAGAAUCAGCAGAAAUGACCAUCACCCCCAAAACAGGUCCAUCUGGGGCAUCCUCACAAGGUACCUUUACCUUGGAUGCAUCAAGCACAGCCUCCUGGCCAGGAACUCACUCAGCUGCAACUCAGAGAUCUCCACAAUCAGCCGUAACCACUCCUGUGAGCCGAGGUUCUGAGGGUCUCUCAUGGUUAAGUCCCUCAUCAGUGGAAAAAAGUAGCCCUCUGUCUUCCCUGGUGCCUUCACCUGCAGUAACCUCACCUUCUCCACUUUAUUCCACACUAUCUGGGCGGAGCCACUCUUCUCUUCUUUUCACCUCUGGCACGAUGAAGACCACAGACAUGUUGGACACAAGCUUGCAACCUGUGACUAUGUCACCUCCCAGUAUGAAUAUCACCUCAGAUGAGAGUCUGGCCACUUCUAAAGCCACCAUGGAGAUAGAGGCAAUUGACAUUUCUGAAAACGCAGCAGUGACCCAUGUGGGAACCACCAGAGCUGUACAGGAAGUAGAUUCCUCUUCCCCAGGCUUCUCAGAGCUACCCAAAGUGACAUCUCCAAUAAUCACCUCUUCUGCCACAAAAGACAUUGUUUCUACAAUUAUAUCUGCUUCCUCUGAGAUAACAAGAAUUGAGAUGGAGUCAACAUCUACACUGACCCCCAGCACCUCACAGGAGAUUCACUCAGCCGCAGAGACAAGCACUGUUCCUUACAAAGUGCUCACUGGUGCCAUGAUUGAGGACUCAAAGACACAAGUCACGUCCUCUAGCAGGGGACUCAGCCCUGAUCAGUCCACAAUGUCACCAGACAUCUUCACUGAAGUGAUCACCAGGCUGUCUACCUCCCCCGUCAAGACAGCAUCUACAGAAAUGACCAUUACCACCCAAAAGGGUUCUCCUGGGGCCACAUCACAGGGUACCCUCACCUCGGACACCUCAACAAUAACCUUUUUGUCAGAGACCCACUCAACUGCAUCUCAAGGAUUUUCACACUCAGAGAUGACCACUCUUAUGAGUGGAACUCCUGGAGACGUGCCAUGGACGAGCCAGCCCUCUGUGGAAGAAACAAGCUCUGUGCCUUCUUUGCUGUCUUCACCUGGUAUGAUCUCACCUUCUCCUGUUUCCUCCACAUUCCCAGACAGCAUCCCCUCCUCUUCUCUUCCUGUGACAUCACUUCUCAUCUUGGGCCCGGUGAAGACCACAGAGUUGUUGGACACGAAUUCAGAGCCUGAAACCAGUUCACCUCCAAAUCUGAGCAGCAGCUUGGCUGAAAUACUGACCACCUCUGAGGUCACCCCAGAUACAGAGAAACUGGAGGUGACCAGUGUGGGAACUUCAGGUUACACACAUGAAUCUUCCUCCUCUGUCCUAGCUGACUCAGUGAUGACAAAAGUCCCAUCUCCAAUGGGCAUCACCUCCCCUAUGGGGGACACAAGUGUUCUCACAUCAAGUCCUGCCUUCUCUGACACUAGUAGGAUUCAGACAGAGCCAACACUCUCACUGACUCCUGGGUUGAGUGAGAGCAGGACCACAGAAGGGACUAGCUCAGCCACAGAAAUGAGCACUGUCUAUUCUAGCAUGCCCGCUGGUGCUACUCUUGAGGUCUCCAGGACAGGAGCCAUCUCCUCUAGCAGAACAUCCACCCAAGGCCCUGCUGAAUCCACAGUGUCACCAGACAUCUCCAUGGAAACCACCUCUAGAAUUUCUAUACCCCCCACCAGGAAAGGAUCAGCAGAAAUGACCAUCACCCCCAAAACAGGUCCUACUGGGGCUACCUCACAGGGAAUAUUUAACUUUGUCACAUCAAGCACAGCCUCCUGGCCAGGAACUCACUCAGCUGCAACUCAGAGGUCUCCACAGUCAUCGAUGACAUCUCCUAUGAGCAGAGGUUCUGAGGAUCUGUCAUGGCCAAGCCCCUCAUCUCUGGAAGAAAGCAGCCCUUCAUCUACCGUGGUGUCUUUAUCUCCAGUAACCUCAGCUUCUCCACUUUAUUCCACUUCAUCUCCGAGGAGUCACUCCUCUCCUCUCCUGGAGACUUCUCCUAUCACCUCUGGCAUGGUGAAGACCACAGACAUGUUGGACACAAGCUGGAAACCUGUCGCCAUGUCACCUUCCAGUAUGACUAUCACCUCAGAUGAGAGUCUGGCCACUUCUAAAGCCACCAUGGAGACACAGACAGUUUACAUUUCUGAAAACACAGCAAUCAGCCAUGUGGAGACCAUCAGUGCUAGAGAGGAAUUCUAUUCUUCCUCCCCAGCUUUCUCAGAGCCAACCAAAGUGACAUCCCCAAUGAUUACCUCUUCCUCUAUAAGAGACAACAUUGUUUCCACAACAAUGCCUGGCUCCUCUGGGAUUACAAGGAUUGAGGUAGAGGCAGUGUCUUCUCUGGCCCCUGGACUGAGGUUGACCAGAACCUCCCAGGAUGUCAUCUCAUCCACAGAGACAAGCACUGUCCUUUACAAGAUGCCCUCUGGUACCACUCCUGAAGUUUCCAGGACAGAAGUUAUGCCCUCUAGCAGAACAUCCACAUCCAUUCCUGGCCCUGCUCAGCUCACAAUGUCACCAGACAUCUCUGAUGAAGUGGUCACCAGGCUCUCUACCUCCCCCAUCACGACAGAACCUGCGGAAAUAGCCACCACCCAAACAGGUUCUUCUCUAACUACAUCUCAGGUUACUCUUCCCGUGGGCACCUCAGCUACCUUCUUGUUAGGGACCCACCCAACUGUGUCGCAAGAACUUUCACACUCAGAGAUGACAAGUCUUAUGAACAGGGGCCUUGAAAAUCUGUCAUGGACGAGCCCUCACUUUGUGGAAACAACUAGAUCUUCCUCUUCCCUGACAUCAUUACCUCUUAUGACCUCACUUUCUCCUGUGUCCUCCACAUUAGUAGAGAGUAGCCCCUCCUCUCCUCUUCCUGUGACUUCACUUACCCUCCCAGGACUUCUGAAGACUACAGAAGUGUUGGGCACAAGCUCAGAGCCUGAAACCAGUUCAUCUCCAAAUUUGAGCAGCACCUCAGUUGAAAUGCUGGCCACCUCUGAAGUCAUCACAGAUACAGCGAAAAUUCAUCCUUCUUCAAACACAGUGGUGACCAAAGUGGGGACCUCCAGUUCUGUUCAUGAAUCUCAUUCUUCUGUCUUAGCUGACUCAGAAACUACAACCACAUCAUCAAUGGGUAUCACCUCCCCUAUGGAGGAUGCCAGUGUUUUCACAUCAACUCCUGCCUUCUCUGAGACUAGGAUUCCAACAGAGCCAACGUUCUCACUGACUCCUGGAUUCAGGGAGACUAGCACCUCUGAAGAGACCAGCUCAAUCACAGAAACGAGUGCAGUCCUUUUUGGAGUGCCCACUAGUGCUAUUACUGAGGUCUCCAUGACAGAAAUCAUGUCCUCUAACAGAACAUACAUCCCUGACUCUGAUCAGUCCGCAGUGUCUCCAGACAUAAGCACUGAAGUGAUCACCAGGCUCCCUUCCUCCUCCAUGAUGUCAGAAUCAACAGAAAUGACCAUCACCCCCCAAACAAGUCCUCCUGGGGCUACAAGACAGAGUACGCUUCCCCUGGCUGCAAGCACAACAGCACCCUUGGCAGGGACCCACUCAACUGUUCCUCAAAGAUUUUUACACUCAGAGAUGACAACUCUUACGAGUAGGAGUCCUAAAAGUCCAUCAUGGAAGAGCUCUCCCUUUGUGGAAGAAAGUAGCUCUUCCUCGUCUGUGUUGUCCUUACCUGCCAUGACCUCACCUUCUGUUUCUUCCACAUUCCCACAGAGUUUCCCUUCCUCCUCUUUUCCUGUGACUUCACUCCUCACCCCAGGCAUGGUGAAGACUACAGCCACCAGCACAGAACCUGGAACCAGUUUAUCUCCAAAUCUGAGCAGCACCUCAGUUGACAUACUGGCUGCCUCUGAAGUCACCACAGAUGCAGAGAAAAUUCAUCCUUCUUCAAGCACAGCAGUGACCAGUGUGGGAACCACCAGUUCUGGACAUGAACUGCAUUCCUCCGUUCCAAUCCACUCUGAGCCAUCCGAGGCUGCAUAUCCAAUGGGCACGUCCUCUUCCAUGGCAGAACCCCCUAUUUUCACCUCAAUGCCUGCCAAUUUGGAGACCACAAGGUUUGAGGCAGAGCCAUUUUCUCAUUUGACUUCUGGAUUUAGGGAUACUAGCAUGUCCCUGGACAAGAGCUCAGUCACGCCAACAAAUACACCUUCAUUUCCUGUGUCUACACACCUUUUACAGAGUUCCAAGACUGAUGUCACCUCUUCUGUGAAAACACCAUUCCCAGACCGACCUCCAGCCUCAGAGUAUACUGAAAUUCCAGAGGAAAUAAUCACCCCCUUUAAUGCUUCUCUCUCUGUUAUGGAGUCCGCUGGGAUAACCUCCUUGCCAGAAUCCAAGUUUACUAUGCCUGUAUCAGAAAGUACUCAUGAUCUGAGGACAGAUUUGCUGCAUUCGGCUGAGACGAUUUCCACUGGGACAGCGAUGCCUUCUCUAUCAGAGACCAUGGCUUCAUUGGCCACCACUGGAGCUCCACGAGCCAUCUCAGGCUCAAGUAGUCCACUCUCUAGGACAGAGUCAAGCCCUGGAGAUGCUAAUCUGUCCACCAUUGCAGAGAGCCUGCCUUCAUCCACUCCAGUGCCAUCCUCCUCUUCAACCUUCACUGUCACUGAUUCUUCAACCAUCCCAGCCCUCCAUGGGAUAACUUCCUCUCCAGCUACCCCACACAGAAUGGACACCAGUUCUGGGACAGAGGGCAGCACUAUUGAAGGACACUUGGUUACAGUCAGUACUUUGGACACUUGGAGCCAACCAGCUAGGACAUCUUCAUCACCCAUUUUGGAUACCAGAAUGACAGAGAGUCUUGAGCUGGGAACAGUGACCAGUGCUUAUCAAGUUCCUUCACUCUCAACACGGUUGACAAGAACCGAUGGCAUCGCGGAGCGCAUCACAAAAAUACCCAAUGAAGCAGCUCACAGAGGUACCGUAAGACCAGUCAAAAGCCCUCAGACAUCUACAUCACCUGCCAGUCCUAAAAGACUACACACAGGAGGGACAAAAAGAAUGGAGACCACCACCACAUCUCUGAAGACCUCUUCCAGAGCCACCUUGACCACCAGAGUCUAUACCCCCACUUUGGGAACACUGACUCCUCUCAAUACAUCGAUGCAAAUGGCCACCACAAGCACUACAGACAAGAUUAUCACAACCCCACAUGUUUCCCCAGAUGUUCCAGAAAUGACGUCCUCAUUGGCUACCAGCCAGGGAGCAGAGACCAGCACAGCUGUUCCCAGGACAACCCCAUCUGCUUUCAAUAGAGAAUCAGAGACCACAGCCUCACUGCUCCCUGAUUCUGGGGCAGAGACAAGUCCAGCUAUUCAGACUCUAGAUGUUUCUUCUCGUGAGCCAGAUACAACAACCUCAUGGGCUAUCCAUCCUGCAGAGACCAUACCAACUAUUUCCAAGACAACUCCUGAUUUUUUCCACAGUGAAUCAGUCACUGUAUCUUCCAUAGCCACCAGCCAUGGGGCAGAAGUCACUUCAGCCAUUCCAACAAAUAUCUCACCUAGUGAACCAGGUGCACUGACACCUCUGGUCACCAUUUUUGGGAUAGAUACUAGUACAACUUUCCCAACCCUAACUAAGUCCCCACAUGAAACAGAGACAAGAACCACAUGGCUCACUCAUCGUGCAGAGACCAGCUCAGCAGUUCCCAGAACAGUCCCCAGUUUUUCCCAUCGUCAAUCAGAUGCCACACCUUCAGUGGCCACCAGUCCUGGGGCAGAAACCAGUUCAGCCAUUCCAACUAUGACUAUCUCACCUGGUGCAGCAGAUCUGGUGACCUCACAGGUCACUAGUUCUGGGACAGACAGAAAUUUGGCUAUUCCAACUUUGACUCUUUCUCCUGGUGAGCCAAAGACCACAGCCUCAUUAGUCACCCAUCCUGAAGGACAGACAAGUUUGGGCAUUCCGACUUUAACUAUCUCGCCUGGAGUAUCAGGGAUGGUGACCUCAUUGGUCACCAGGUUGGGGACAGAGACAAGUACAACUAAUCCAGCUCUGACAAUCUCCCCUGGUGAACCAGCUACAACAGUUUCAUUGGUCACUCAUUCUGCACAGACCAGCCCAACAGUUCCCUGGACAGCUUCCAGUUUUUUCCAGAGUAAAUUAGACACCAUACCUUCAGUGGCCACCAGUCACGGGGCAGAAGCCAGUUCAGCUGUUCCAACUCCAGCUGUUUCACCUGGGGUACCAGGAGUGGUGACCUCUCUGGUCACUAGUUCCACAGCAGUGAGCGGUACAACUAUUCCAAUUCUGACUCUUUCUCCUGGUGAACCAGAGACUACACCUUCAAUGGCCACCAGUCAUGGGGCAGAAGCCAGCUCAGCUGUUCCAAAUCCAACUGUUUCACCUGAGGUACCAGGAAUGGUGACCCCUCUGGUCACUAGUUCUAUGGCAGUGACCCGUACAACUAUUCCAAUUCUAACUCUUUCUCCUGGUGAAGGAGAGACCACAUCUUCAAUGGCCACCAGUCAUGGGGCAGAAGCCAGCUCAGCUGUUCCAACUUCAACUGUUUUACCUGGGGUGCCAGGAGUGGUGACCUCUAUGUUCACUAGUUCUAGGGCAAUGACCAGCACAACUAUUCCAAUUCUGACUCCUUCUCCUGGCAAACCAGAGACUACACCUUCAGUGGCCACCAGUCAUGGGGCAGAAGCCAGAUCAGCCGUUCCAACUGUUUCACCUGAGCUACCAGGAGUGGUGACCCCUCUGGUCACUAGUUCUAUGGCAGUGACCAGUAAAACUAUUCCAAUUCUAACUCUUUCUCCUGGUGAGCGAGAGACCAUACCUUUAAUGGCCACCAGUCAUGGGGCAGAAGCCAGCUCAGCUGUUCCAGCUGUUUCAUCUGAGGUACCAGGAGUGGUGACCUCUCCGGUCACUACUUCUAGUGCAGUAACCAGUACAAUUAUUCCAACUCUGACUAUUUCUUCUGGCGAACCAGAGACCACACCUUCAUUGGUCACCCAUUCUGAAGCAAAGACAAUUUCAGCCAUUCCAGCUUUAGCUGUCUCCCCUACUGUACAAGGGCUGGUGACUUCAGUGGUCACUAGUUCUGGGCCAGAGACCAGUAUGUUUCCAAAUCUAACUGUUGCCUCAGGUCCACCAGAGACCACAGCCUCUGAGCCCAGGGUCACUCAUCCUGGGACAGAAGCAAGCUCUGUUCUUCCGAGUUUGACUGUCUCCACUGGAGAGCCAUUUACAACGAUCUCAUUGGUCACCUAUCCUGCAGAGAAUAGCUCAACUGUUCCCAGGACAACCCCAAGCUUUUUCCAGAAUGAAUCAGACACUAUCCCUUCAACAGUCACCAGUCCUGAGGAAGAAUCCAGCUCAGCCAUUUCAACAACUGUCUCACCUGGUAUACCAGGUAUACUGACUUCACUAGUCACUAGCUCUGGGACAGACACCAGUGCAACUUUUCCAACAGUGUCCGAGUUCCCACAUGAAUCAGAGGCAACAGCCUCAUGGGUUACUCACCCUGUAGUCACCAGCACAACAGCUCCCAGGACAACCUCUAAUUUUUCUCACAGUGAACCAGACACCACACCCUCAAUAGCCACCAGUCCUGGGCCAGAAGCCAGUUCAGCUUUUCCAACAAUAACUGUCUCACCUAAUGUCCCAGAGAUGGUGACCUCACAGGUCACUAGUUCUGGGACAGACACCAGUAUAACUAUUCCAACUGUGACACUUUCUCCUGGUGAACCAGAGACCACAACCUUGUUUAUCCCCUAUUCUGAGACACACACAAGUUCGGCCAUCCCACCUCUGACUGUCUCCCCUAGUGCAUCAAAGAUGCUGACCUCACUGAUCACUAGUUCUGACACAGAGGCCAGUACAAUUUUUCCAGCUCUAACUGAUUACCCACAUGAAUCAGAGACAACAGCCUCAUGGCUCAUCCAUUCUUGGACAGAAGCCAGUUCAGCUUCCCCAACUAUGACUGUUUCUUCCGGUAAGCCAGAUACAGCAGCCUGGCGGGUCACUCAUUCUGCAGAGACCAGCACACCUGUUUCCAGAAUAACCCCCAAUUUCCCCCCCAGUGAAUCAGACAUGACACCUUUCAUGGUCACCAGGUCUGGUGCAGAAGUCAGUUCAGCCAUUCCAACAACAACUCUCUCACCUGGUGUAUCAGAAACGCUGACCUCACUGGUCACUGGUUCUGGGACAGACAGCACUACAAUGUUCCCAGUGCUGACUGAGACCCCAUAUGAACCAGAGACAACAGCCACGCAGCUCAUUCCUCCUGCAGAGACCAACACAAUGGUUCCCAGGACAACUCCCAAGUUUUCCCAUAGGGAGUCACACACCACACUCCCAGUUGCCACCACCAGUCCUGGGCCAGAAGCCAGUUCAGCUGUUUCAACCACAACUACCUCACCUGGUAUGUCAGAUCUGGUGACCUCACUGGUCCCUGGUUCUGGGACAGACACCAGUACAAUUUUCCCAACAUUGACUGAGACCCCGUAUGCACCAGAGGCUACAGCCACAUGGUUCACUCAUCCUGCAGAGACCAGCACACCUAUUUCCAGAACAACCCCUAGUUUUUCCCACAGCAGACCAGAUGCCACACUUUUAAUGGCCACCAGUCCCGGGACAGAAGCCAGUUCAGCUGUGCUGACAACAAUGGUCUCACCUGGUGUACCAGAAAUGGUGACUUCACCGAUCGCUAGUUCUGGGGCUGCAACCAGUACAACUAUUCCAACUUUGACUCAUUCUCCUGGUAUGCCAGAGACCACCGCCUUAUUGAUAACCCAUCCCGACACAGAGACAAACACAUUUCCUGCUUCAACUGUGUUUCCUCAAGUAUCAGAGUCCACGGCCUCACUAUCCAUUAGACCUCACACAGAGCCUAGUACAGCUCUUCCAACUCAGACAGCAUCCUCUCUCUUCACACUACUUGCAACUGGAACCAGCAGAGUUGAUCUGAAUCCAUCUGCUUCACCUGGUGUUUCUGCAAAAACAGCCUCACUUUCCACCCAUCCUGGGACAGAAACCAGCAGCACAAUUCUGACUUCGACUCUUUCCCUUGGUUUAUUAGAGACUGCAGGCUUGUUGAGCACCAGCUCUUCAGCAGAGACCAGCACAGGUACUCUCACUCUGAGCAUUUCCCCUGCUGUCUCUGGGCUUCCCAGUGCUUCUAUAACAACUGGUAAGCCCCAAACUGUGACCUCCUGGCACACAGGAACCUCACCAUCUGUAACUUCACUCGGACCCCCAGAAUUUUCCAGGACUGUCAUAGGCACCACUAUGACCUUGAUACCAUCAGAGACACCAAUACCACCUAAAACCAGUCAUGGAGAAGGAGUGAGUCCAACCACGAUCUUGAGGACUGUAACAGUUGAGACCACUAAUUUAGCUGCCACGGGUUCCAGUUCCACUGUGGCCAAGACCACGACCACCUUCAAUACGCUGACUAGAAGCUCCUUUGCCCCUCUGACCACACCUGGGAUGUCCACGUUGGCCUCUGAGAGUGUGACCUCAAGAACAGCUGACAUGCCCUUGUUGAUGCCUUUGACCAUCAACUUCACCAUUACCAACCUGCAGUACAUGAAGGACAUGGUGUGCCCGGGCUCUGAAAUAUUCAAUGCCACUGAGAAGAUCCUGCAGCAGCUGCUCAAGCCCUUGUUCCAGAACAGCAGUAUUGGUUCCCUCUAUGCUGGCUGCAGGCUGACCUCACUCAGGGCUGAAAAGAAUGGGGCAAGCACCAGAGUGGAUGCCAUCUGCACCCACCGCUCAGACCCCACCAGCCCUGAGCUGGACAGAGAGCAGCUAUACUGGGAGCUGAGCCAGUUGACGCACGGCAUCACCAGGCUGGACCCCUACACCCUGGACAGGAACAGCCUCUAUGUCAAUGGUUUCACCCAUCCAGCCUCUGCUCCCACUCCCAGCACUACUGUGACCUCUGUGCUUCUUCCAGGGACGUCAGUGGUACAAGCCCACUUCUCCAGCUCCACAGCAGCCACAGUCCCAUUCAUGGUGCCAUUCACCCUCAACUUCACCAUCACCAACCUGCAGUACGAGAAGGACAUGCGGCAUCCUGGUUCCAGGAAGUUCAACGCCACAGAGAGAGUCCUGCAGGGUCUGCUCAAAUCCUUGUUCAUGAAUAGCAGUCUGGAAUACCUCUAUUCAGGCUGCAGAUUAGCCUCACUCAGGCCAGAGAAGGACGGAUCAGCCACGGCAGUGGACGCCAUCUGCACACAUCGCCCUGACCCUGCAGGGCUUGGACUGGACAGAGAGCAACUAUACUGGGAGCUGAGCAAGCUGACCAAUGGCAUCCACAGGCUGGGCCCCUACACCCUGGACAGGAACAGCCUCUAUGUCAAUGGUUUCACCCAUCGGAGCUCUGUGUCCACCACCAGCACUCCUGGGACCUCCAUAGUGGAUGUGGGAACCUCAGGGACUCCAUCCUCCAUCUCCAGCCCCACGACAACUGUUCCUCUCCUGGUGCCAUUCACCCUCAACUUCACCAUCACCAACCUGCAGUAUGCGGAGGACAUGCAUCGCCCUGGCUCCAGAAAGUUCAACACCACAGAGAGCGUCCUACAGGGUCUGCUCAGGCCCCUGUUCAAGAACACCAGUGUUGGCCCUCUGUACUCUGGCUGCAGACUGAUCUUGCUCAGACCCGAGAAGGAUGGGGCAGCCACUGGAGUGGAUGCCAUCUGCACCCACCGCCUUGACCCCAAAAGCCCUGGACUCAACAGGGAGCACCUGUACUGGGAGCUAAGCAAGCUGACCAGUGGCAUCAAAGAGCUGGGCCCCUACACCCUGGACAGGAACAGUCUGUAUGUCAAUGGUUUCACCCAUCAGGGCUCUGUGCCCAUCACCAUCACUCCUGGGGCCUCCACAGUGAAUCUUGGAACCUCGGGGACUCCACCCUCCCUCUCCAGCUCCACAACUGCUGGCCCUCUCCUGGUGCCGUUCACCCUCAACUUCACCAUCACCAACCUGCAGUAUGAGGAGGACAUGCAUCGCCCUGGCUCCAGGAAGUUCAACACCACGGAAAGGGUCCUGCAGAGUCUGCUUGGUUCCACAUUCAAGAACACCAGUGUUGGCCCUCUGUACUCUGGCUGCAGGCUGACCUCUCUCAGGUCUGAGAAGCAUGGGGCAGCCACUGGAGUGGAUGCCAUCUGCACCCACCAUCUUGACCCCAAAAGCCCUGGACUCAACAGAGAGCAGCUGUACUGGGAGCUGAGCCAGCUGACCAAUGGCAUCAAAGAGCUGGGCCCCUACACCCUGGAUGGGAACAGUCUGUAUGUCAAUGGUUUCACCCCUUGGAGCUCUGUGCCCACCACCAGCACUCUUGGGACCUCCACAGUGGACCUUGAAACCUCAGGGACUCCAUCCUCCCUUCCCAGCCCCACAACUGCUGGCCCUCUCUUGGUGCCAUUCACCCUCAACUUCACCAUCACCAACCUGCAGUAUGAGGAGGACAUGCAUCAACCUGGCUCCAGGAAGUUUAACACCACAGAAAGGGUCCUGCAGGGUCUGCUUGGUCCCAUAUUUAAGAACACCAGUGUCGGCCCUCUGUACUCUGGGUGCAGACUGACCACUCUCAGGCCCAAGAAGCAUGAGGUGUCCACUGGAGUGGAUGCCAUCUGCACCCACCAUUUUGACCCCAAAAGCCCUGGACUCAACAGAGAGCAGCUGUACUGGGAGUUGAGCCAGCUGACCAAUGGCAUCAAAGAGCUGGGCCCCUACACCCUGGAUGGGAACAGUCUGUAUGUCAAUGGUUUCACCCAUAGGAGCUCCAUGCCCACCACCAACACUCCUGGGACCUCCACAGUGGGACCUGGAACCUCAGCAACUCCAUCCUCCCUCCGCAGCCCCACAACAGCUAUUCCUCUACUGGUACCGUUCACCCUCAACUUCACCAUCACCAACCUGCAGUAUGAGGAGGACAUGCAUCGCCCUGGCUCCAGAAAGUUCAACACCACAGAGAGGGUCCUGCAGCGUCUGCUUGGCCCCUUGUUCAAGAACUCCAGUGUCGGCCCUCUGUAUUCUGGCUGCAGACUGACCUCUCUUAGGUCUGAGAAGGAUGGGACAGCCACUGGAGUGGAUGCCAUCUGCACCCACCGUCUUGACCCUCAAAGUCCUGGACUGGACAGAGAGCAUCUGUACUGGGAGCUGAACCAGAUGACCAAUGGUAUCAAAGAGCUGGGCCCCUACACCCUGAACAGGAACAGUCUCUAUGUCAAUGGUUUCACCCAUCGGAGCUCCAUGCCCACCAGCAACACAACUUGGACCUCCACGGUGGACCUUGGAACCCUAGGGGCUCUAUCCUCCCUUCCCAGCCCCACAGCAGCUGUUCCUCUCCUGGUGCCAUUUACCCUCAACUUCACCAUCACCAACCUGCGGUAUGCGGAGGACAUGCAACGCCCCGGCUCCAGGAAGUUCAACACCACCGAGAGAGUCCUGAAGGGUCUGCUUGGUCCCAUGUUCAAGAACACCAGUGUCGGCCCUCUGUACUCUGGCUGCAGACUGAACUCUCUUAGGCCUGAGAAGGAUGGGGCAGCCACUGAAGUGGAUGCUACCUGCUUCUACCACGCUGACCCCAAAAGCCCUGGGCUGGACAGACAGCAGCUGUACUGGGAGCUGAGCCAGCUGACCCAUGGCAUCACUGAGCUGGGCCCCUAUGCCCUGGACAGGGACAGUCUCUAUGUCAAUGGUUUCACCCAUCGGAGCUCUGUGCCCACCACCAGCACUCCUGGAACCUCCACAGUGCACCUGGCAACCUCUGGGACUCCAUCUUCCCUCCCCAGUCACACAGCCCCUGGCCCUCUCCUGAUACCUUUCACUCUCAACUUUACCAUUACCAACCUGCAUUAUGAGGAAAACAUGCAACACCCUGGCUCCAGGAAGUUCAACGCCACAGAUAGGGUGCUGCAGGGUCUGCUCAAGCUCUUGUUUAAGAACACCAGUGUCGGCCCUCUGUACUCUGGUUGCAGACUGACCUUGCUCAGACCUGAAAUGGAUGGGGCAGCCACUGGAGUGGAUGCCAUCUGCUCCCACCGCCUUGAUCCCACCGGCCCUGGACUAGACAAAGAGCGGCUAUACUGGGAGCUGAGCCAGCUGACCAAGAGCAUCACAGAGCUGGGCCCCUACACCUUGGACAGGGACAGUCUCUAUGUCAAUGGCUUCACCCAUCGGAGCUCUGUGCUAACCACCAGCAUUCCUGGGACCUCUGCAGUGUACCUGGGAACCUCUGGGACUCCAGCCUCCCUCCCUGGCCAUACAGCCCCUGGCCCUCUCCUGGUGCCGUUCACCCUCAACUUCACCAUCACCAACCUGCAGUAUGAAGAAGAUAUGCGUCACCCUGGUUCCAGGAAGUUCAAUACCACGGAGAGAGUCCUGCAGGGUCUGCUCAAGCCCUUGUUCAAGAGCACCAGCAUCGGCCCUCUGUACUCUGGCUGCAGACUGACCUCGCUAAGGCCUGAGAAACAUGGGGCAGCCACCAGCGUGGAUGCCAUAUGCACUCACCACCUUGACCCCAAAGACCGUGGACUGGACAGAGAGCAGCUGUACUGGGAGCUGAGCAAACUGACCCAUGGCAUCACUGAGCUGGGCCCCUACCUCCUGGACAGGGACAGUCUCUAUGUCAAUGGUUUCACCCAUUGGAACUCUGUACCCAUCACCAGCACUCCUGGGACCUCCACAGUGCAUUUGGGAACCUCUGGAACUCCAUCCUCCCUACCUAGACCCACAAUGCCUGGACCUCUCCUGGUGCCAUUCAACCUCAACUUCACCAUCACCAACUUGCAGUAUGAGGAGGACAUGCGAAGUCCUGGCUCCAGGAAGUUCAGCACCACAGAGAGGGUCCUACAGGGUCUGCUCAGGCCCUUGUUCAAGAAUACCAGUAUUGGCCCUCUGUACUCCAACUGCAGACUGACCUUGCUCAGGCCAGAGAAGGACAAGGCAGCCACUGGAGUGGAUGCCAUAUGUACCUACCACCUUGACCCCCAAAGCCCUGGACUGGAUAGAGAAGAGCUAUACUGGGAACUGAGCCGGUUGACCCACAACAUCACUGAUCUGGGCCCCUACACCCUGGACAGGGACAGUCUCUAUGUCAAUGGUUUCACUCAUUGGAUCUCCAUACCAACCACCAUCACUCCUGGGACCUCCACAGUGCACCUGGGAACCUCUGGGUUACCAUCUUCCCUCCCUGAACCUACAGCCGCCAGCCCUCUCUUAGUGCCAUUCACACUCAGCUUCACCAUCACUAACCUACAGUAUGAGGAGAACAUGGGUCACGCUGGCUCCAGGAAGUUCAACACCACGGAGAGGGUUCUGCAGGGUCUGCUCAAGCCCUUGUUCAAGAGCACCAGUGUUGGCCCUGUGUACUCUGGCUGCAGACUGACCUUGCUCAGGCCUGAAAAGGAUGGAGCAGCCACCAGAGUAGUCACCGUCUGCCACCAUCGCCCUGACCCCAAAAGCCCUGGGCUAGACAGAGAGCAGCUGUACUGGGAGCUGAGCCAGUUGACCCACAGCAUCACUGAGCUGGGCCCCUACACCCUGGACAGGAAUAGUCUCUAUGUCAAUGGAUUCACCCAUCGGAGCCCUGUGCCCACCACCAGCACUCCUGGGACCUUCACAGUACAGCUGGAAACCUCUGGGACUCCAUCAUCCCUCCCUGGUCCCACAGCCACCGGCCCCCUACUGCUGCCAUUUACCCUCAAUUUUACCAUCACUAACCUACAGUAUGAGGAAGACAUGCAUCACCCUGGCUCCAGGAAGUUCAACACCACGGAGAGGGUCCUUCAGGGUCUGCUCAUGCCCUUGUUCAAGAACACCAGCGUCGGCCCUCUGUACUCUGGCUGCAGACUGGCCUUACUCAGGCCUGAGAAGGAUGCAGCAGCUACCAGAGUGGAUGCUGUCUGCACCCAUCGUCCUGAUCCCAAAAACCCUGAGCUGGACAGACAGCAGCUGUACUGGGAGCUGAGCCAGCUGACCCAGAGCAUCACUGAGCUGGGCCCCUACACCCUGGACAAGAGCAGUCUCUAUGUCAAUGGUUUCACCCAUCGCAGUUCCAUGGUGACCACCAGAACUCCUGAGACCUCCACAGUGCACCUGAGAACCUCUAGAACUCCAGCCUCCCUGUCUGGACCUACGGCCGCCAGCCCUCUCCUGGUGCUAUUCACAAUUAACUUCACCAUCACUAACCUGCAGUAUGAGGAGAACAUGCAUCACCCUGGCUCUAGAAAGUUUAACACCACGGACAGAGUCCUUCAGGGUCUGCUCAGGCCCUUGUUCAAGAACACCAGUGUUGGCCCUCUGUACUCUGGCUGCAGACUGACCUUGCUCAGGCCCGAGAAGAAUGGUGCAGCCACCAGAGUGGAUGCCAUCUGCACCUACCGCUCUGACCCUAAAAACUCCGGGCUGGACAGAGAGCAGUUAUACUGGGAGCUGAGCCAGCUGACCCAGAGCAUCACUAAGCUGGGCCCCUACACCCUGGGCAGGAACAGUCUCUAUGUCAAUGGUUUCACACAGUGGAGCUCCGUGCCCAGCACCAGCACUCCUGGGACCUCCUCAGUGGACCUGGGAAUGUCUGAGACUUCAGCUUCUCAACCUGGUCCCCCGGCUGCCAGCCCUCUCCUGGUGCUGUUCACUCUCAACUUCACCAUCACCAACCUGCGGUAUGAGGAGAACAUGCAGCCCCCUGGCUCCAGGAAGUUCAACACCACGGAGAGGGUCCUUCGGGGCCUGCUCAGGCCCCUGUUCAAGAGCACCAGUGUUGGCCCUCUGUACUCUGGCUGCAGACUGACCUUGCUCAGGCCUGAGAAGGGUGGGGAAGCCACUGGAGUGGAUGCCAUCUGCACCCACCGCCCUGACCCCAAAAGCCCUGGGCUGGACAGAGAGCAGCUGUACUGGGAGCUGAGCCAGCUGACCCACGGCAUCACUGAGCUGGGCCCCUACACCCUGGACAGGGACAGCCUCUUUGUCAAUGGUUUCACCCAUCGGAGUUCUGUGCCCACCACCAGCACUCCUGGGAUGUCCACAGUGGACCUGGGAACAUCCAGGACUCCAGCUUCUAUAUCUGUUCCCUCAGCUGCCAGCCCUCUCCUGGUGCCGUUCACUCUCAACUUCACCAUCACCAACCUCCGGUAUGAGGAGAACAUGCAGCACCCUGGCUCCAGGAAGUUCAACACCACAGAGAGGGUCCUUCAGGGCCUGCUCAGGCCCCUGUUCAAGAGCACCAGUGCUGGCCCUCUGUACUCUGGCUGCAGACUGAUCUUACUCAGGCCUGAGAAGGAUGGGAAAGCCACUGGAGUGGACGCAAUCUGCACCCACCGCCCUGACCCCAAAAGCCCUGGGCUGGACAGAGAGCAGCUGUACUGGGAGCUGAGCCAGCUGACCCACAGCAUCACUGAGCUGGGCCCCUACACCCUGGACAGGGACAGCCUCUUUGUCAAUGGUUUCACCCAUCGGAGUUCUGUGCCUACCACCAGCACUCCUGGGACCCCCACAGUGGAUCUGGGAACGUCUAGGACUCCAGCCUCGAUACUUGGCCCUUCAGCUGCCAGCCAUCUCCCAAUACCAUUCACCCUCAAUUUCACCAUCACUAACCUGCGGUAUGAGGAGAACAUGUGGCCUGGCUCCAGGAAAUUCAACACUACAGAGAGGGUCCUUCAGGGUCUGCUAAGGCCCUUGUUCAAGUACACCAGUGUUGGCCCUCUGUACUCUGGCUGCAGACUGACCUUGCUCAGGUCUGAGAAGGAUGGGGAAGCCACCAGAGUGGAUGCCAUCUGCACCCAUCGCCCUGACCCCACAGGCCCUGGGCUGGACAGAGAGCAGCUGUAUUUGGAGCUGAGCCAGCUGACCCAUGGCUUCACUGAGCUAGGCCCCUACACCCUGAACAGGGACAGUCUCUAUGUCAAUGGUUUCACCCAUCGGAGCUCUGUGCCCACCACCAGCACCACAAGCCCUACCCUGGUGACCUUUAUCCUCAACUUCACCAUCACAAACCUGCAGUACGUGCCGGACAUGAAGCAUACAGGUUCUGCGGUGUUUCACACAACCGAGGAGGUCUUGCAGCGCAUGUUUGGCCCUUUGUUCAAGAACACCAGUAUUGGCCCACUGUACUCUGGCUGCAGGCUGAUCUCGCUCAGGCCCAUGAAGAAUGGAUCUGCUACCAGAGUGGAUGCCGUCUGCACCCACAGCUCUGAGCCCACAAGCACUGGGCUGGAUAGAGAGAGGCUGUACCGGGAGCUGAGUCAUGAGACCCAUGGAGUGACCCGGCUGGGUUUCUACACCCUGGGCAGGGACAGCCUCUAUGUCAAUGGUUACACCCACCAGGUCCUGACCUCCACCCCCAGCAUUGUGAUGGCGUCUACUUCUGGGACCCCAGUUCCAGCCUCCACAGCCAUAGGACCACCCCUGGUGCUGUUCACUCUCAGCUUCACCAUCACCAACCUGGAGUACAGGCAAGACAUGCUGCCUUCAUACUCCUUGACCUUCAACAACACAGAGAAGGUGCUUCAGAGCCUGCUUGACCCCUUGUUCAAGAACACCAGUGUCGGUCCUCUGUACUCUGGUUGCAGACUGGCCUUGCUCAGGCCCAAGAAGAAGACGACAGGCACUGAGGUGGAUGCUAUCUGCACCUACCACCCCAACCCCAUAGGCUUUAGACUGGACAAAGAGCAUCUGUACUGGGAGCUGAGCCAGCUCACCCAUGGCAUCACGGAGCUGGGCCCCUACACCCUGGACAGGGACAGUCUCCUUGUCAAUGGUUACACCCAUCUGGACUCAAGCCCCAUUGCCAGCCCCCUAGCCGGGGAGCUCAGCGAAGAGCCGUUCACACUGAACUUCACCAUCAACAACCUGCGCUAUACGGCGGACAUGGGCCAACCCGGCUCCCUCAAGUUCAGCAUCAUAGACAGCCUCAUGCAAUACCUGCUCGGUCAAUUGUUCCAGAAGAGCAGCCUGGGUGCACGGUACACAGGCUGCAGGGUCAUCGCGCUCAGGUCUGUGAAGAACAGCGCUGAGACACGGGUGGACAUCCUCUGCACCUACCUGCAGUCCCCCAGCGGCCCAGGUCUACCUACCGAGCAGGUGUUCCAUGAGCUGAGCCAGCAGACCCAUGGUAUCACCUGGCUGGGCCCUUACUCUCUGGACACACACAGCCUCUACCUUAAUGGUUAUAAUGAACCUGGUCCAAAUGAGCCUUCUACAACUCCCAAGCCAGCCACCACAUUCCUGCCUCCUCUGUCAGAAGCCACAACAGCCAUAGGGAACCACCCGAAGACACUUAUACUCAACUUCACCAUCUCCAAUCUCCAGUAUUCACCAGGCAUGGGCAAUGGCUCAGCUGCAUUCAGCUCCAUGGAGAGGGUCCUGCAGUACCUGCUCAGACCCUUGUUCCAGAAGACCAGCCUGGGCCCCUUCUACUUGGGUUGCCAACUGAUCUCCCUCAGGCCUGAGAAGAAUGGGGAAGCCACUGGCGUGAACACCACUUGCUCCUACAACCCUGACCCUGUGGGCCCCGGGCUGGACAUACAGCAGCUUUACUGGGAGCUGAGUGAGCUAACUCAUGAUGUCACCCAACUGGGCUUCUAUGUCCUGGACAGGGACAGCCUCUUCAUCAACGGCUACGCACCCCAGAAUUCAUCAAUCCAGAGCGAGUACCAGAUAAAUUUCCGCAUUGUCAACUGGAACCUCAGUAAUCCAGACCCGACAUCCUCAGAGUACAUCACCCUGCUGAGGGACAUCCAGGACAAGGUCACCACACUCUACAAAGGCAGUCAACUGCACGACGCGUUCCGCUUCUGCUUGGUCACCAACUUGACGAUGGACUCCAUGGUGGUCACAGUCAAGGCGUUGUUCUCCUCCAGUCUGGAUCCCAGCCUGGUGGAGCAAGUAUUUCUAGAUAAAACCCUGAAUGCCUCAUCCCAUUGGCUGGGAACCACCUACCAGUUGAUGGACAUGCAUGUGACAGAAAUGGAGCCAUCAGUGUAUCAACCCACCAGCAGUUCCAGCACCCAGCACUUCCCCCUGAAUUUCACCAUCACCAACCUACCAUAUUCCCAGGAUGUAGCCCACCCAGGCACUACCAAUUACCAGAGGAAAAAAAGGAACAUUGAAGAUGCGCUCAACCAAGUCUUCCGAAACAGCAGCAUCAAGAGUUAUUUUUCUGACUGUCAAGUUUUAACAUUCAGGUCCGUCCCCAAUAGCAGCCACACCGGGGUGGAUUCUUUGUGUAACUUCUCACCACUGGCUCGGAGGAUAGAUAGAAUUGCCAUCUAUGAGGAAUUCCUGCGGAUGACACAGAAUGGCACCCAGCUGCAGAACUUCACCCUGGACAGGAACAGUGUCCUUGUGGAUGGGUAUUCUCACAACAGCAAUGAGGCCUUAACUGGGAAGUCUGACCUUCCCUUCUGGGCCAUCAUCCUCAUCUGCUUGGCGGGACUCCUGGGACUCAUCACAUGCCUGAUCUGUGGUUUCCUGGUGACCACGCACCGGCGAAAGAAGGAAGGAGAAUACGACAUCAGGCAACAGCACCCAGGCUACUGCAAGUCAUACGUACACCUGGAGGAUCUGCAAUGACUGGCACUGCCCGGCACCCGGGGUCGCUUUUCCCCAGCCAGGGUGCAAAGAAGCUGAGCUGGGGCAGAAAUAAACCAUAUUGGUCGGACACAA